GCGGGCGGCGGCGCGGUGGCGGGUGUGGCCAGCGCGUCUGGACCCGGCGGCCGAGCGGGCCUCUCUUGGCGGCGGGAGGUCACCGGGGUGCUGCUGCAAGCGGCCUUGGUCGGUGGUCGGCGCGUCCCGGCCGGGCAGCCUGCGGCUCUUUCCCUGCGGCUCAGCAGUGCCUCUUAGCCGAAUCCUUGCUAGUUAGAGAAACUAGCCGGGCGUUGUGGCGGCGUGGCUACUUGGGAGGCUGAGGCGGGAGGAUCACUUGAGCCCAGGAAUUCGAGGUCGCUGUGAGCUAGGACGUGACAGCACUCUACAAGGCAAUAAGAAACUCUUCCCAUUGCUGUUCUGUAAGCUGGCGUGAGGAGUAGAGUCCCCAGGCCUGCUCUCUAGACACCAAGGAGAGAGGUUCCCUGAUGGACACCCACACAGCUACAAGAACUGCUGUUCCAGCACAAGCCUCGAGGGCCAGCCAGGCUGCCAAGUGUACCACGUCAGCUCUUGGGCACGCGGCUGGGAGCACAGGGUCGACACCAAAGCAGGCUUUAGAAAGAGAGUGUUAUGGGGAGGCUAGGCCAGGCCCAGAACAGGGGCCUCCCAGAGCACUGGGGUCUCUUGACCUUGGCAGAAACAAGGAUGCUGGGGAGACACCUGGAGACGCCUCUUGGACCCUGGUCAUUUGUGAGGAAACUGGAGGGCAGAAUGGCCCUGAGAAUUGUGUACCCAAGCCAGACGUCACUCUGAACACAGGCUCCAUGGCAGAGGGAAGAAGCCACUGGAAAGGGCGGCCCUAUCCAUGUGACACCUGCGACCGGAGUUUCAAGUGCUACUCAGAUGUGGUCAAACACCAGAGCAUCCACUCCGGGGGCAAGCCAUUCGAGUGCAGUGACUGUGGGAAGGCUUUCAUCCACAGCUCGCACGUGGUCAGGCACCAGAGGGUCCACAGCGGGGAGAAGCCCUAUGUGUGUACGGAGUGCGGGAAGGCCUUCAGCCAGAGUUUCAACCUCAUUCGACACCAGAGGGUUCACACGGGAGAAAAGCCCUACGAAUGUGGGGAAUGUGGCAAGUCCUUCAGCCAGAGGUCGGACGCAGUCAAGCACCAGAGAGCACACACUGGGGAGCGGCUGUAUGCAUGUGGCGAGUGUGGGAAGACUUUUGUUCACAGCUCCAAUGUGGUCCGGCACCAGAGGAUUCACCAUGGGGAGAACCCCUAUGAGUGCAAGGAGUGCGGGAAGGCCUUUGGCCAGAGCUCCAACCUCAUCCAGCACCAGAGGGUGCACACCGGGGAGCGGCCCUACACCUGCGGCGACUGCGGCCGUGCCUUCAGCCGCAGCUCCUUCCUCAGUGAGCACUGCAGGAUUCACACGGGGGAGCGUCCCUACCAGUGCAGCCACUGCGGCCGCACCUUCCGGGCCCUGUCGGGCUUUUUCCGGCAUCAGAGGAUCCACACGGGCGAGAAGCCCUUCCGCUGCACUGCGUGUGGCAAGGACUUCCGCCUCAGCUUCCACCUGAUCCAGCACCGGCGGGUGCAUGGCCCGGAGUGAGCCCAGCUGCAGGCUCCUGGGCCGAGGGUGGGAGCGGUCUGUACCCGGCCAUGCAGCACAGAAGCAAUAAAGCUGUCUUUUUGUAU